AUGAUUGAUGCUGGCUCGACCGGCUCUCGACUUCAUGUUUAUCGGUUUCGCCAGUGUGCUGCUGAUGAUCCAGUACAGCUCAAAGACGAAGCACUUUUUGUACAAACGAUUCCAGGCUUAUCCGCAUACACACCUGACUUGGCGGGGCAAUCCCUCGAUCCUUUACUUCAACAAGCGCUUCAAGCAAUUCCCAAAAACUUACGCCGAAAAACACCCAUGGCUGUCAGGGCAACAGCAGGAUUGCGGUUGCUGGGUCACGAGCAAAGCGAAAAAGUGCUCGACGCAGUAUAUGACCAUAUCCAUGCGCGUUAUCCGUUCCCUAUUAUUGGUGGGCGCGAGAGUGGUGUAACAAUAAUGGAUGGCAAGGAUGAAGGUGUUUAUGUAUGGAUCACGGUCAACUUCUUGCUGGGCCAUCUGAAAUCCAAAGGUGCCCCGACGGCUGCCGUGUUUGAUCUCGGCGGCGCGUCCACUCAGAUCGUAUUUGAGCCCGACAGGAUCGAUCCAAAGGCCAUGGUUGAAGGCGAUCACCAAUACACAUUGACAUAUGACAACCAUGAUUACGUCUUAUACCAACAUUCAUACUUGGGCUAUGGACUCAUGGAAGCACGCAAAAGAAUGCACCAACGAAUCCUCGAACUGGCCGAUCAGGUCAAACCAGAUCUUCAUGUAUCUCACCCUUGUUUGCCUCGCAACCUCGAAUUUUCUUUCCCAAAGAAUGCUCCUUCUCCAGAAGCUACGUUUAUCGGCCAAGGUCUUCAUGAUGCUUGUACGAAUAUUGUCAAGGAUAUUCUUAACAAGAAUGCAGUGUGUCUCGCACCGCCGUGUUCCUUUGAUGGAAUACACCAGCCAUUGAUCGCUGAAGCAUUUGCCCAAGGACCUAUCUAUAUAUUUUCCUAUUUCUACGAUCGUACUGUGCCUUUGGGCCUCCCAGCAAGUUUCAAGCUGCCAGAGUUGGGUCGAUUAACAGAACGUGUUUGCAUGGGCGAGUAUUUCGAGCAACUACCGGAUGGUGACUUGCGCGAUGAAAUGUUAGAUCGCCCGGAAUGGUGCCUCGACUUGUCAUUUAUUUAUGGCUUAUUAUCCCAUGGAUACGAGAUACCAGAUGAUCGAGAGAUUAGGAUGGCCAAAAAGAUAGACGGUGUAGAGACUGGAUGGUGUCUGGGUGCCGCAAUUGCUUUACUUGAUGAGGCCGGUUUGGAACAGGACGCAUAG